CCUCGAAUAGUUCCGCCGUGGUCGCCAUUGUGCUGGUGUGGUCGGUGCUGUGCUGAGAGGUUCCCCCUCAGGGCUGCCGGGACGGACAGCGGCCCAUUCUCAGAGCGCAGCCAUUGUCCCCGGGAGCACAACCGGAAGUGACGCAGAACAGAAACCGGAAACGGCGCGCGCACAGCUGGCGACCUCUGACCUCCGCCCAGACCGGAACCGGAGCGAUACUUCCCGGCUGGAGAGCGGAAUACCGGGGCCGGUAAGAGAGAUAACGCGGCUAUUCACUAAACCGAGAGUCUCCACCUCGGAUAUUAAAGGGUUAACUCUCCCUCAGACUGUCCGGCAGGGCUAUUCACUAACCCAGACUGUGACUGGAACCGAGUGUCUCCACCUCGGAUAUUAAAGGGUUAACUCUCCCUCAGACUGUCCGGCAGGGCUAUUCACUAACCCACACUGUGACUGGAACCGAGAGUCUCCACCUCGGAUAUUAAAGGGUUAACUCUCCCUCAGACUGUCCGGCAGGGCUAUUCACUAACCCAGACUGUGACUGGAACCCAGAGUCUCCACCUCGGAUAUUAAAUGGUUAACUCUCCCUCAGACUGUCCGGCAGGGCUAUUCACUAACCCAGACUGUGACUGGAACCGAGAGUCUCCACCUCGGAUAUUAAAGGGUUAACUCUCCCUCAGACUGUCCAGCAGGGCUAUUCACUAAACCCAGACUGUGACUGGAACCCAGAGUCUCCACCUCGGAUAUUAAAGGGUUAACUCUCCCUCAGACUGUCCAGCAGGGCUAUUCACUAACCCAGAUCAGACUGAACCGAGUCUCCACCGGAUAUUAGUUAACUCUCCCUCGACUGUCCGGCAGGGCUAUAUUCACUCAACCCAGAUCAGGACUGGAACCGAGAGCUCCACCCGGAUAUUAAAGGGUUAAUCCUCCUCAGAUCAAACCACAGCAGGGCUAUUCACCACCCAGACACCGUGACUGAACCGAGAGUCUCCACCUCGAUAUUAAAGGGUUAACUCUCCCUCAGACUGUCCAGCAGGGCUAUUCACUAACCCAGACUGUGACUGGAACCGAGAGUCUCCACCUCGGAUAUUAAAGGGUUAACUCUCCCUCAGACUGUCCAGCAGGGCUAUUCACUAACCCAGACUGUGACUGGAACCGAGAGUCUCCACCUCGGAUAUUAAAGGGUUAACUCUCCCUCAGACUGUCCGGCAGGGCUAUUCACUAACCCAGACUGUGACUGGAACCGAGUGUCUCCACCUCGGAUAUUAAAGGGUUAACUCUCCCUCAGACUGUCCGGCAGGGCUAUUCACUAACCCAGACUGUGACUGGAACCCAGAGUCUCCACCUCGGAUAUUAAAGGGUUAACUCUCCCUCAGACUGUCCAGCAGGGCUAUUCACUAACCCAGACUGUGACUGGAACCGAGAGUCUCCACCUCGGAUAUUAAAGGGUUAACUCCCCCUCAGACUGUCCAGCAGGGCUAUUCACUAACCCAGACUGUGACUGGAACCGAGUGUCUCCACCUCGGAUAUUAAAGGGUUAACUCUCCCUCAGACUGUCCAGCAGGGCUAUUCACUAACCCAGACUGUGACUGGAACCGAGUGUCUCCACCUCGGAUAUUAAAGGGUUAACUCUCCCUCAGACUGUCCGGCAGGGCUAUUCACUAACCCAGACUGUGACUGGAACCGAGAGUCUCCACCUCGGAUAUUAAAGGGUUAACUCUCCCUCAGACUGUCCGGCAGGGCUAUUCACUAACCCAGACUGUGACUGGAACCCAGAGUCUCCACCUCGGAUAUUAAAGGGUUAACUCCCCCUCAGACUGUCCGGCAGGGCUAUUCACUAACCCAGACUGUGACUGGAACCCAGAGUCUCCACCUCGGAUAUUAAAUGGUUAACUCUCCCUCAGACUGUCCGGCAGGGCUAUUCAUCAACUCCAGAUCAGACUGAAACCGAGAGCUUCCACCCUCGAUAUUAAAGGGUUAACUCUCCUCAGACGUCCAGCAGGGCUACUCAACCCAGACUGUGACUGAACCGAGAGUUCCACUGGGAUAUUAAAGGGUUAACUCUCCUCAGACUGUCCGGCAGGGCUAUUCAUCAACCCAGAUCAGACUGGAACCGAAGUGUUUUCCACCUCGAUAUUAAAGGGUUAAUCCUCCCUCAGACUGUCCGCAGGGCUAUUCACUAACCCAGACUGUGACUGGAACCCAGAGUCUCCACCGGAUAUUAAAGGUUAAUCCCUCCCUCGUAGACUGUCCGCAGGGUUGGUUCAUCAACCCAGACUGUGACUGAACCGAAAGUGUCUCCACCUCGAUAUUGGGGCGCGGUUAAUCCUCCUCAGACUGCAGGGCUAUUCACUAACCCAGACUGUGACUGGAACCCAGAGUCUCCACCUCGGAUAUUAAAGGGUUAACUCUCCCUCAGACUGUCUGGCAGGGCUAUUCACUAACCCAGACUGUGACUGGAACUGAGAGUCUCCACCUCGGAUAUUAAAGGGUUAACUCUCCCUCAGACUGUCCAGCAGGGCUAUUCACUAACCCAGACUGUGACUGGAACCCAGAGUCUCCACCUCGGAUAUUAAAGGGUUAACUCUCCUCAGACUGUCCGGCAGGGCUAUUCACUAACCCAGACUGUGACUGGAACCGAGAGUCUCCACCUCGGAUAUUAAAGGGUUAACUCUCCCUCAGACUGUCUGGCAGGGCUAUUCACUAACCCAGACUGUGACUGGAACUGAGAGUCUCCACCUCGGAUAUUAAAGGGUUAACUCUCCCUCAGACUGUCCGGCAGGGUUAUUCACUAACCCAGACUGUGACUGGAACCGAGAGUCUCCACCUCGGAUAUUAAAGGGUUAACUCUCCCUCAGACUGUCCGGCAGGGCUAUUCACUAACUCAGACUGUGACUGGAACCCAGAGUCUCCACCUCGGAUAUUAAAGGGUUAACUCUCCCUCAGACUGUCCGGCAGGGCUAUUCACUAACCCAGACUGUGACUGGAACCGAGAGUCUCCACGUCGGAUAUUAAAGGGUUAACUCUCCCUCAGACUGUCCGGCAGGGCUAUUCACUAACCCAGACUGUGACUGGAACCGAGAGUCUCCACCUCGGAUAUUAAAGGGUUAACUCUCCCUCAGACUGUCCGGCAGGGCUAUUCACUAACCCAGACUGUGACUGGAACCCAGAGUCUCCACCUCGGAUAUUAAAGGGUUAACUCUCCCUCAGACUGUCCGGCAGGGCUAUUCACUAACCCAGACUGUGACUGGAACCGAGAGUCUCCACCUCGGAUAUUAAAGGGUUAACUCUCCCUCAGACUGUCCAGCAGGGCUAUUCACUAACCCAGACUGUGACUGGAACCGAGAGUCUCCACCUCGGAUAUUAAAGGGUUAACUCUCCCUCAGACUGUCCAGCAGGGCUAUUCACUAACCCAGACUGUGACUGGAACCGAGAGUAUCCACCUCGGAUAUUAAAGGGUUAACUCUCCCUCAGACUGUCCGGCAGGGCUAUUCACUAACCCAGACUGUGACUGGAACCCAGAGUCUCCACCUCGGAUAUUAAAUGGUUAACUCUCCCUCAGACUGUCCAGCAGGGCUAUUCACUAAACCCAGACUGUGACUGGAACCGAGUGUCUCCACCUCGGAUAUUAAAGGGUUAACUCUCCCUCAGACUGUCCGGCAGGGCUAUUCACUAACCCAGACUGUGACUGGAACCAAGAGUCUCCACCUCGGAUAUUAAAGGGUUAACUCUCCCUCAGACUGUCCGGCAGGCGGGCUAUUCACUAACCCAGACUGUGACUGGUGAACCGAGAGCUCCACCCCGGAUACAAAGGGUUAAUCCUCCCCUUCAGACCGUCCGGCAGGGCUAUUCACUAACCCAGACCAGGAUCAAAACCGGAGAGUCUCCACCCGGAUAUUAAAGGGUUAACUCUCCCUCAGACUGUCCAGCAGGGCUAUUCACUAACCCAGACUGUGACUGGAACCGAGAGUCUCCACCUCGGAUAUUAAAGGGUUAACUCCCCCUCAGACUGUCCAGCAGGGCUAUUCACUAACCCAGACUGUGACUGGAACCGAGAGUCUCCACCUCGGAUAUUAAAGGGGUAACUCUCCCUCAGACUGUCCAGCAGGGCUAUUCACUAACCCAGACUGUGACUGGAACCGAGAGUCUCCACCUCGGAUAUUAAAGGGUUAACUCUCCCUCAGACUGUCCGGCAGGGCUAUUCACUAACCCAGACUGUGACUGGAACCGAGUGUCUCCACCUCGGAUAUUAAAGGGUUAACUCUCCCUCAGACUGUCCGGCAGGGCUAUUCACUAACCCAGACUGUGACUGGAACCGAGAGUCUCCGCCUCGGAUAUUAAAGGGUUAACUCUCCCUCAGACUGUCCGGCAGGGCUUUUCACUAAACCCAGACUGUGACUGGAACCGUGUGUCUCCACCUGGGAUAUUAAAGGGUUAACUCUCCCUCAGACUGUCCGGCAGGGCUAUUCACUACCCCAGACUGUGACUGGAACCGAGAGUCUCCACCUCGGAUAUUAAAGGGUUAACUCCCCCUCAGACUGUCCGGCAGGGCUAUUCACUAACCCAGACUGUGACUGGAACCGAGUGUCUCCACCUUGGAUAUUAAAGGGUUAACUCUCCCUCAGACUGUCCAGCAGGGCUAUUCACUAACCCAGACUGUGACUGGAACCGAGAGUCUCCACCUCGGAUAUUAAAGGGUUAACUCCCCCUCAGACUGUCCAGCAGGGCUAUUCACUAACCCAGACUGUGACUGGAACCGAGAGUCUCCACCUCGGAUAUUAAAGGGGUAACUCUCCCUCAGACUGUCCAGCAGGGCUAUUCACUAACCCAGACUGUGACUGGAACCGAGAGUCUCCACCUCGGAUAUUAAAGGGUUAACUCUCCCUCAGACUGUCCGGCAGGGCUAUUCACUAACCCAGACUGUGACUGGAACCGAGUGUCUCCACCUCGAUACAAAGGGUUAACCUCCCUCAGACUGUCCGCAGGCUAUCUACCAACCCAGACCGUGACUGGAACCGAAAGUGUCUCCACCUCGGAUAUUAAAGGGUUAACUCUCCCUCAGACUGUCCAGCAGGGCUAUUCACUAACCCAGACUGUGACUGGAACCGAGAGUCUCCACCUCGGAUAUUAAAGGGCUAACUCUCCCUCAGACUGUCCGGCAGGGCUAUUCACUCAACCCAGGACCGACUGGAACCGGUGAGUCUCCACCGGAUAUUGCUGGCCACCUCCCUCAGACCGUGUCCUGGCAGGGCUAUUCACCAACCCAGACUGGUGACUGGAACCCAGAGUCUCCACCGGAUAAAGGUUAACCCUCCCUCAGACUGUCCAGCAGGGCUGUUCACUAACCCAGACUGUGACUGGAACCCAGAGUCUCCACCUCGGAUAUUAAAGGGUUAACUCCCCCUCAGACUGUCCGGCAGGGCUAUUCACUAACCCAGACUGUGACUGGAACCCAGAGUCUCCACCUCGGAUAUUAAAGGGUUAACUCUCCCUCAGACUGUCCGGCAGGGCUAUUCACUAACCCAGACUGUGACUGGAACCGAGAGUCUCCACCCCGGAUAUUAAAGGGUUAACUCUCCCUCAGACUGUCCAGCAGGGCUAUUCACUAACCCAGACUGUGACUGGAACCGAGAGUCUCCACCUCGGAUAUUAAAGGGGUAACUCUCCCUCAGACUGUCCAGCAGGGCUAUUCACUAACCCAGACUGUGACUGGAACCGAGAGUCUCCACCUCGGAUAUUAAAGGGUUAACUCUCCCUCAGACCGUCCGGCAGGGCUAUUCACUAACCCAGACUGUGACUGGAACCGAGAGUCUCCACCUCGGAUAUUAAAGGGUUAACUCUCCCUCAGACUGUCCGGCAGGGCUAUUCACUAACCCAGACCGUGACUGGAACCGAGAGUCUCCACCUCGGAUAUUAAAGGGUUAACUCUCCCUCAGACUGUCCGGCAGGGCUAUUCACUAACCCAGACUGUGACUGGAACCGAGAGUUUCCCCUCGGAUAUUAAAGGGUUAACUCUCCCUUAGACUGUCCGGCAGGGCUAUUCACUAACCCAGACUGUGACUGGAACCGAGAGUCUCCACCUCGGAUAUUAAAGGGUUAACUCUCCCUCAGACUGUCCAGCAGGGCUGUUCACUAACCCAGACUGUGACUGGAACCCAGAGUCUCCACCUCGGAUAUUAAAGGGUUAACUCCCCCUCAGACUGUCCGGCAGGGCUAUUCACUAACCCAGACCGUGACUGGAACCCGUGAGUCUCCACCCCUGAUAAAGGGUUAACUCUCCCUCAGACCGUCCGUAGCAGGGCUAAUAUUCUACUCAACCCAGACCAGACUGGAACCGAAAGUGUCUCCACCGGAUACAAAGGGUUAACUCUCAGACCGUCCUGCAGGGCUAUUCACUGGACCCAGACUGUGACUGGAACCCAGAGUCUCACCCCGGGAUACAAGGGUUAACUCUCCCUCAGACUGUCCGCAGGGCUAUCUACCAACCUGUGACUCUGACCGGGGAACCUGCCCCACCGAUACACAAGUGGGUUAAUCCUCAGACUGUCCGGCAGGGCUAUUCACUAACCCAGACUGUGACUGGAACCGAGUGUCUCCACCUCGGAUAUUAAAGGGUUAACUCCCUCAGACUGUCCGCAGGGCUAUUCACUACCCCAGACUGUGACUGGAACCGAGAGUCUCCACCUCGGAUAUUAAAGGGUUAACUCUCCCUCAGACUGUCCGGCAGGGCUAUUCACUAACCCAGACUGUGACUGGAACCGAGAGUCUCCACCUCGGAUAUUAAAGGGUUAACUCUCCCUCAGACUGUCCGGCAGGGCUAUUCACUAACCCAGACUGUGACUGGAACCGAGUGUCUCCACCUCGGAUAUUAAAGGGUUAACUCUCCCUCAGACUGUCCGGCAGGGCUAUUCACUAUCCCAGACUGUGACUGGAACCGAGAGUCUCCACCUCGGAUAUUAAAGGGUUAACUCCCCCUCAGACUGUCCGGCAGGGCUAUUCACUAACCCAGACUGUGACUGGAACCGAGAGUCUCCACCUCGGAUAUUAAAGGGUUAACUCUCCCUCAGACUGUCCAGCAGGGCUGUUCACUAACCCAGACUGUGACUGGAACCCAGAGUCUCCACCUCGGAUAUUAAAGGGUUAACUCCCCCUCAGACUGUCCAGCAGGGCUAUUCACUAACCCAGACUGUGACUGGAACCGAGAGUCUCCACCUCGGAUAUUAAAGGGUUAACUCUCCCUCAGACUGUCCGGCAGGGCUAUUCACUAACCCAGACUGUGACUGGAACCGAGAGUCUCCACCUCGGAUAUUAAAGGGUUAACUCUCCCUCAGACUGUCCGGCAGGGCUAUUCACUAACCCAGACUGUGACUGGAACCGAGAGUCUCCACCUCGGAUAUUAAAGGGUUAACUCUCCCUCAGACUGUCCGGCAGGGCUAUUCACUAACCCAGACUGUGACUGGAACCCAGUGUCUCCUGGAUAUUAAAGGUGCUCCCCUCAGACUGUCCGGCUUGGAGCUCAUUACUAACAGACUGUGACUGGAACCGAGUCUCCACCUCGGGAUAUUAAAGGGUGCUCUCCCUCAGACUGUCGGCGGCGCUCUUCCAUAAACCCAGACUGUGAUUGGAACCCAGAGUCUCACCUCGGAUGUUAAAGGGGUUAACUCUCCCACUCAGACUGUCGGCAGGGGCUAUUCACUGUAACCCAGACUGUGACUGGAACCGAGUCUCCACCUGGGAUAUUAAAGGGGUUAACUCUCCCUCAGACUGUCGGCAGGGGCUAUUCACUAACUAACAGACUGUGACUGGAACCCAGGUGCACCUCGGUAUUAAGGGUUAACUCUCCCCUCAGACUGUCCAGCAGGGCUAUUCACUAACCCAGACUGUGACUGGAACCGAGAGUCUCCACCUCGGAUAUUAAAGGGUUAACUCUCCCUCAGACUGUCCGGCAGGGCUAUUCACUAACCCAGACUGUGACUGGAACCGAGAGUCUCCACCUCGGAUAUUAAAGGGUUAACUCUCCCUCAGACUGUCCGGCAGGGUUAUUCACUAACCCAGACUGUGACUGGAACCGAGAGUCUCCACCUCGGAUAUUAAAGGGUUAACUCUCCCUCAGACUGUCCGGCAGGGCUAUUCACUAACUCAGACUGUGACUGGAACCCAGAGUCUCCACCUCGGAUAUUAAAGGGUUAACUCUCCCUCAGACUGUCCGGCAGGGCUAUUCACUAACCCAGACUGUGACUGGAACCGAGAGUCUCCACGUCGGAUAUUAAAGGGUUAACUCUCCCUCAGACUGUCCGGCAGGGCUAUUCACUAACCCAGACUGUGACUGGAACCGAGAGUCUCCACCUCGGAUAUUAAAGGGUUAACUCUCCCUCAGACUGUCCGGCAGGGCUAUUCACUAACCCAGACUGUGACUGGAACCGAGAGUCUCCACCUCGGAUAUUAAAGGGUUAACUCUCCCUCAGACUGUCCAGCAGGGCUAUUCACUAACCCAGACUGUGACUGGAACCGAGAGUCUCCACCUCGGAUAUUAAAGGGUUAACUCUCCCUCAGACUGUCCGGCAGGGCUAUUCACUAACCCAGACUGUGACUGGAACCCAGAGUCUCCACCUCGGAUAUUAAAGGGUUAACUCUCCCUCAGACUGUCCGGCAGGGCUAUUCACUAACCCAGACUGUGACUGGAACCGAGAGUCUCCACCUCGGAUAUUAAAGGGUUAACUCCCCCUCAGACUGUCCGGCAGGGCUAUUCACUAACCCAGACUGUGACUGGAACCGAGUGUCUCCACCUCGGAUAUUAAAGGGUUAACUCUCCCUCAGACUGUCCGGCAGGGCUAUUCACUAACCCAGACUGUGACUGGAACCGAGAGUCUCCACCUCGGAUAUUAAAGGGUUAACUCUCCCUCAGACUGUCCGGCAGGGCUAUUCACUAACCCAGACUGUGACUGGAACCGAGAGUCUCCACCUCGGAUAUUAAAGGGUUAACUCUCCCUCAGACUGUCCGGCAGGGCUAUUCACUAACCCAGACUGUGACUGGAACCGAGUGUCUCCACCUCGGAUAUUAAAGGGUUAACUCUCCCUCAGACUGUCCAGCAGGGCUAUUCACUAACCCAGACUGUGACUGGAACCGAGUGUCUCCACCUCGGAUAUUAAAGGGUUAACUCACCAAACUUGCUUCAUUAAGCUAAAGAUGUUUUGGUGACUAGAGUCUUUUCUCAUUUAAAAAUAUGGCCGUGCAUUCCAUAUUGGAACACAUACAGUGAAUUUUCAUCAUAAAUGGGACUGAUUCCAUUCUCCUUCCGCUUGUCAGAAAAUAUACUAUUCUGAUCCACAUCACUCAGUGGCAUGAAAUAUCUAUGAGUAUGUUUUUUAAGCAAUUUUAUAGAUUGGAACCGAGCUGCUUUUUUUUUUUUUUUUUUUUAUAAGUAGCAGAUUUGGCACUGGGUCAGAUAAUAUAAAAUAUAAAAAAAAUAUAUAUAACAUUUUUGCAGCUAAGAUACUGGAAAUAAAUAACUUUUUUUUUUUAAACUGAUGCGUGCUAUAUUGCCAUAUGUUUUGUGGCACUUUUUUAGUGAAAUAUCGCAUUGUCUCGUUGGUGCCUUUGUUCUAAUGAUUGAGUUUUCAUUAUAUACAUGAUCAGAAACCCAGUAAUAUAAUCGGGAUGCUGAGAUCGAUAGAACACCAACCUGAGAUUUUUAGAAAGUUGAGCAGUGUCUUUAUCAUUGAAGCAUGUAGAUAAAAAAUGCAAACUGACGUGAAAGUGUAUAGCUUAUGUGAUUAAAGCAAUUCUAAUUUAUAAUUCAAUAUUUUUAUGCAGGUUUAUUUUUCUUUCAUGUCUGAACAUUUCACCAUCUUUGCAAAAUGCCGAUACGGGCCUUGUGGAUCUUUAGCCACACAUUAGGAAAGGAUGGUAUAGUGAAAUUCUCAAGGUAAACAUGAUUUGCAUUUCUCCUUAUAUGUUUUAUUCUGUUUAGGUUCUGCAUAUCAGUCUUAAGGGAACACUACAGUUAGGAAUACAAACCUGUAUUCCUAACGCUAUAGUGCCCAUGUCCUUAGUUAAAGUGUUACUCUUUGGAGGUGGGAUGUUUUCGGUGUAAAAUGCUCUUUUUAUUAAUAAGCUGCCUGCCCCCCGGUUGCAUCAUAAGCUGCAAAAGAAUAUAUUUUACCUACCUGUUAUCAUGUGCCAGGCGACACUUCCAGUGAUGAAUUCCAUGCCUCCAUCUGAUGUCACUGGGCCUUGUGUGGUCCAAUUACAGGCCUCUCAAAGACAUGCUUGUGAUUGGACUGUUUAACAGGCUCAAAAGCGCUUGCAGGAGGGAGGUUUUUUUUUAAAAAAUCAUAAAAAAUAGGUCAAAUAAAGGGAGCCAGAGGGGCUAUUUUCCCAUUCAAUGCACUAUGCCUGCAAGGGAGCAGAUUAUAAAGUCUGUCACCAGUGUGCUGACGACAGACCCAAAAUAUACAAAGAACAGAGUUCUGCCGAAGUCACUUGUGCUGGGUGUGUAACUAGCCCCCAGCACACAAUUAACAAUAACUUCGUAUGUGCAAUGCCCCAAUCCAAUGACCUCAUAGCAUGUAAUUAAAGGGACUCUCCAGUGCCAGAUAAACAAACUGUUUUUCUGGCACUGCAGGUCCCCUCUCCCUCCCACCCCCCAUCCCAUGUUUCUGAAGGGGAUAAAACCCCUUCAAUGACUUACCUGUAUCCAGCGCCGAUGUCCCUCGGCACUGGGUCAGGGUCCGCCCAUUCUCCUCCGACGUCAUCAGGUGGGGGAGACCUAAUGAGCAUGCGCGGCCAGCGGUUGGGGAGACCUAAUGCGCACGCGCAUUAGACCUCCCCAUAGGAAAGCAUUAUUAAAUGCUUUACUAUGGGGAGGUCUAAUGCUUUCAAUGCUCUCCUAUGGGGAUUUCAGCUACACUGGAGGUCCUCACAUAGCGUGAAGACGUCCAGCGACAUUAUAGCACACUUUUCGUGUUCUAUGAACACGAAAGUGUCCUCUAGUGACUGUCUAGUAGACAGCCACUAGAGGAGGACUUAACCCUUCAAGACAAAUAUUUUAGUUUAUGAAAACUGCAAUAAUUACACUUGCAGGGUUAAGGGUAGUGGGAGCUGGCACCCAGACCACUCCAAUGGGCAGAAGUGAUCAGGGUGCCUGGAGUGUCCCUUUAAUGCUUUCUUCUGGGCUUCUGUAUCACUUGACCUUAGUUUUACUCGGUUAGUGCCAGUAUGACAGCCACUAGAGAUACUCUUGCUUCUUAGACAAGUGCUUUACACACGCUUCUGGUGCAACGAGUAAAACUAGGUUGCUUGAUAGCAAAGCAUUGAUUCAAUGCUUUUCUAUGGGGUAACUUGGAUACCCACUUGCUGAAUCAGUGCUUUCCUAUGGGGGCUGCAAUAAAGGGUUUUACUUGGUGGUUGCACCGGAAGCGACUCCAAUGUAACAGCCACUAGACACUGCACCCAGGCCACUUUAUUGAGAGUAAAAUUCUGCCAAGUGAUGCAAAAGCCCAUAGGAAAGCAUGAAUACAUGCUGUGAGGAGCAUUGCAUGGGACCAUACUGAAGGAGACCUUGCCUCCUUCAUGAUGUUGCUGAAAAUGGAGAGGUAAGCAGAGCUGGUAAGCCUCAGUCCUGAAAAACCUUUAUUUUAUUAGUUUUAUAACACACAUGGGGGACCUCUAUAACAAGCGACAGAGUAAAACUAAAGCGUUGGAUAUACAGGAUAUACAGGUUUGUGUUCCAUUAAUCAAGUCCAUUAUAUGCAUUAUGCUUGUUUUGUUGACUUAUGUUGUCUAUUUUCCACUCUUAAUUACAAAGUUUUUCUUAUUUUAAAUUGAGAACUAAAAUUUGUAUUCGAAUGACAAUAAGAUGAUAGCACGUUAAAUAUCACUUUAAAUGUUUUUUCAAUAUCAGGACAGGUACUUAUCAAACCCAUCCAUCAAGCUGUUGUCCUAAAUGACUGAAUGCCCUAACCACUUAUCAGGUUAUAUUGUAAGGAGUCUCUUGGAACAAUUUCAUGAAAAAAAAAAAAAUUACACCAGAAGCCUGGCCACUCUGUGCUGCCGAGACAGUGCAAUUCUUUGCAUCGUUUACAAGGCAUACUGAAUUAUAUUUUCUUAUGUAGGAGAUAAAAUAUCACAUUACAUUUUCACAUAGUUUUACUUAAAUUUAUACCAUAAUAACAUAAUUUAAGUUACAUUGACUGGUGUUAGCUGAGUUCUUUUGUUUCUUGUAGGCGUUAUCCCACAGUGGAAAAAAGAGCAAAGGCUUUUAACAGGGCAAGUUAUGUGGGUAUCCCAGAGGACGAUGACCUGCUGAAAUCAUUACUUCAUGAGCUGGGGCUUACAGAUGUAAAUAAAACCUUUGUGGAAUACAGAGACAACUGUUCUCGAAUCAGAAAAACAAAUGUGCACACCUUAUCUGUAUCUGAAGGAAAACUGUGGCCUGUCCUCGCAAUAGAAAAUGAUGACUUUAUAUAUGUUUGCCUCCCCUUGGUGGAGCAAGUACUGGAACCACAACCAUCAUUAAUGAACAUUAACAGUAUAUCAGAAGCUUUUUCUCUUUUAUCUGGGGCAAUUUUGUUUCUUAAUUCAGGACAGAAUCCCGAAGCAGAAAUUUCUUCUAAGCUGGCUCAGCUUCCACUUCUGAUAACGCAGGUUUGUCCAUUGGGCUCACCUUUAGAUUCAAACUUGAUUGGUUUACAUGAAGUUGUGAACAGUAGUGCAGCGAAUCAGGAACACAAAUCCCCAUCAUGGAGAAUGAACAGGCAGAAGGGUAAAUCUCAGAUCGAAGUUUACAUCACAGAGGAAGUUAUAUCUUCUCAGUACGACAAAGGCUAUGAUAGUGACAUGUGGCAAGUAUAUGGAACAGUCUCCUGCAAGGUGAGCUUUUUAUUAGACCAAUAUUAUGUCUGUGAGUAUAUAAGGUGUGCACGUGUGGAGACUUGUUUGACUGGGUAAGGAAGAAGACACCUUUUAAACUAGCUCAAUUUUCUGCCUUGCAAAAUCAGGCUCUUUCGAUUGCAUUUCUCGUAACAUUAGUUAACGUUCCCCAAGGUCUGUGGGUGUUGCUCUAUUGUAACUGCCAAAGUCUACUCCCAUCUCCUCUCUGAUGCGAUUGAACUGCUUGAGGAGGCCUCUCCAAGAUGGGCAUUCCUCCAUAAUGAUGUCAGUCUUCUGGAUGUUCUCCUUAUCCUUGUGGGAAACACUUGCGUGGAGAAGAGCAGGAGAACCACCCGUAACAGGAUCUCCUGCUCUCCCUUAACUCUGAGUGCAGAUGCUUAGAUAUGCAAAGGUCCAGUGUUCAGGAUAAUAUUUUAAUGUGAGGAAGGGACCAUAUUUUUUAGAUAUCGUUUUAUGACUAUAUUUAUGUUUUCUAGCAAUAUUGCUUGCACAACGUAGUGAUAAUUUUUUUUGUGCUAUUAUUUGUGUAAAGUUUUGUGUACCAUGACACGUACAAUUUAAUGUGAAAAAUUAUAAAUGGUCAAUAUAUUGAAAACUUAUUACAGCAGAUCUAGGCAAAAUGAAUUAUGUUCUUCAUAUAAAACAACCACAACUUUUCAGUAGCUAUUGGGCAACAAUAUCCUGGCUUAAAGGGACACUUCACUUCCCAAAUAUAUUAUUACUCUUUAGUAAAUGUGCCCCCAAUAAAAACAGGUUUGCAUUUCAUUAAGAUUUUUUUUUUUAUCUGGGGUAUAUCUAAAACAGCUUGCAAAAGUAGCAAAUCUCUUGUCUGCAGCCUUUACAAACCCUCCCAUUCUAACUCCGCCCAGACUUUCUGUGGCUGUCCAAUUACAGACUUCCUAAAUGCAGCUCAAAGAGAAGUCUUCGCAGGGUAGGUGUUCUGAACAAUUGCUGUCUCUUGCGUUUAUCUCCACUGAGCUAAAAAAAAAAACAGAAAGUCACAGGACCAAAUGACAGCCAGGGGCGUGUACGGUGGUCUAUUUAUAAAAGUGCCAACUUUGAUUGAAAUCUGCACUUUUUGUAAGAUAGAAAAGAGGACAGACUCUUCACGCCUAAAGCAAUUCAGCUGAAGUGCUUUAGGUGUUUUGAGUGUCCCUUUAAGACUAUUGUUCAGUUGCAGGUGGCAGAGGGAGUUACCAUGAUGUAUUCCAUGCCGUACAUUAAGGAAUAACUGUCACCUCAACACUAAUUUUAAUAUGAUAAUCCUAUCAUCAAGUUUUGAAAGGAACUUUUUUAAACACACUUUAAAAAAAAUAAUAAUUAUAUGUUAAAAAAAAAAAAAGGAGAAAAACUCAUCCCUACAUUCUGUAUAUAACAGGAUCCUUGAGCCAUUGUCACGUAUCCUUCGUCUCCAUGUGACAAACACAGAGAUAAUUACCUUCCUAAGAUUAAGAGGAGUGCCGCUCAGCGGUCCUCUGCCGUGAUGCCUAGCUUUUGCAACGUCGGUGGACACCGGCCGCUGCGGAUCCACACUAUUUUAUAGCAUCCCGUCUGGCCACGGUAAAGACGACGUUGACGUGAAGUCACGCAAAAGACGCACACGCAGGUUUUGAGGUCAAAGGCUAGGUACGGCCAAUCGAAGCUGCAAGAGGGUUAUUUAAACUCACUUAUUCCUUAAGCUCAUUGCCCUGUAGUGGUUUACCUUGGAUGGCUAUCCUGGAGUGUGUUUCUGAUCGUGUUUUUCUGGUUUUUGACUUUGGCUUAGUUUUGACUUCCUGACUUCUGGUACCCUUGAAUAUUGGCAUUACCUUAUCGCUGUGUCUCAUUCUGUGUCCGUGACCUCGGCUGUGUCUCAUUCUAUGUUUCUGAUCUCGGCUAGUAUAUUGGCCAUUCUGAGGUCUGGUAAGACGUUAUCUUUAGUCCUAGGUGUGACACUAUUCUGCCUGCUGGAUCAACUGUAAUCCUGACAGGCAUAUACAGUUGUAAGAAAAAAUAUGUGAACCCUUUGGAAUGAUAUGGAUUUCUGCACAAAUUGGUAAUAAAAUGUGAUCUGAUCAUCAUCUAAGUCACAACAAUAGACAAUCACAGUCUGCUUAAACUUAUAACACACAAAGAAUGAAAUGUUGCCAUGUUUUUAUUGAACACACCAUGUAAACAUUCACAGUGCAGGUGGAAAAAGUAUGUGAACCCUUGAAUUUAAUAACUGGUUGAACCUCCUUUGGCAGCAAUAACUUCAACCAAACGUUUCCUGUAGUUGCAGAUCAGACGUGCACAACGGUCAGGAGUAAUUCUUGACCAUUCCUCUUUACAGAACUGUUUCAGUUCAGCAAUAUUCUUGGGAUGUCUGGUGUGAAUCGCUUUCUUGAGGUCAUGCCACAGCAUCUCAAUUGGGUUGAGGUCAGGACUCUGACUGGGCCACUUCAGAAGGCGUAUUUUCUUCUGUUUAAGCCAUUCUGUUGUUGAUUUACUUCUAUGCUUUGGGUCAUUGUCCUGUUGCAACACCCAUCUUCUGUUGAGCUUCAGCUGGUAGACAGAUGGCCUUAAAUUCUCCUGCAAAAUGUCUUGAUAAACUUGGGAAUUCAUUUUUCCUUCGAUGAUCGCAAUCCGUCCAGACCCUGACGCAUCAAAACAGCCCCAAACCAUGAUGCCCCCACCACCAUACUUCACAGUUGGGAUGAGGUUUUAACCGUCAUCGGAAACAUCCUCUUGAGGACUGAUGACGGUCCUGAACCGUCAUAACGUCUUGGGGUACUUACCUGCACUCCUCCCGGUCCGGGGGACUGCCUGUCCGCCCAGUGUAUCUGCCUGCAUGGGGACUGUCUGGGCUGACAGGCAGUCUUCCUGCCAGUGGAAAAUCCUAAAAUAAAGUUAAAAAUUUUUUUUUUUUAUCUGUCUUAAAAAAUAUAUGUGUAUAUAUAUGAUAUAUAUAUACAUGUAUUAUAUAUAUAUAUAUAUAUAUAUAUAUAAUGUCAUACUAAGUGUAUUUUUAUAUAUAUAUACAUAUAUUAAUAUAAAAAUACACUUAUAAUUAAAUUACUCACGUGUGUAUAUAUACAAUAUAUAUAAUAACUAUAUAUUGUGUAUAUAUAUUAUUAUAAAAUAUAAAUAAUACGUAUAUAAAAAUAAAUUUAAAAAUGUAAAAAUAAUUUUUAAUAAUUAGAUUUUUUUAUAUAUAUGUAAUUUAUUCUAACGGUAUUUUGAUAAUAACAUAUAUAUAUUUAUAUCAAAAUACACUUAGAAUGAAAUUAUAUAAAUAUCUAUGUAUAAAAAAAAUACGAAAUAUACAUAUGUCCAUAUACAUAAUUACAUAAAUAAUUUCAUAAAUAUACACGUAGACUUCAAAUAUAUAAAUAUGUAUAUAUAUUUAAAUUCUACGUGCAUAUUUAAGUGUUGUUGCAUAGCAAGACCACUUAAUGUUAUCUCACAUAUAUAUUAUUCUUAUUAUUAUUAUAGCCAAAUUUACCACCCUAACUCCUCCCACAGUUUUUACACUACAUAGACAGUAAUAUACCAAAACGUGCGGAUUGUUCCCGAUUGGUGUUCUAUUAGUUUGUGGAACGUUUCGCCGAAUGGUUCACGGAAUAUCGUCGUUCUUGUGGCGAAAUUGGUCCCAUAGGAAUGAAUGGCAAAAUGUUCAAAACUAGAGUGGGAGCUGGCAAAAGCUGAAAAAUCAGGACAUGAUUUCUAAACUGCCACCACUCCCUCAUUUUCAAGCCCCCCUACUUAUAUCAAAACGUUCAGCUAUCCCUGCUGCCACUAAAAAUGUCCACGGCUAAGCCAUAGUCCUGAUAGUUUUCACAAUAUGACCAUUUGUUUGCAACUCACGCCGUCCAUUGACAUUCAUUGAAACUCCACCCUAGCCAGCUCAAAUUUGAAGUGCAAUUUCUAAACUGCGGCUGUGCCUUCAUUUUUAAUAUUUCAGAGACAUACAUUCAUCAAAAUGUAGGUCUGGGUCUUGUGAUUCUCACAAUAUAAAGCUCUUCGCUGUAGGAUUUAUAGUUUUUAAAAUACGACCGUUUGAAGAUGGCAACCGCCAAAAUACUCUGACCUGUGCCAGGCUGGAGCAGCAAGUGAUGUCAUAGACACAGGGCCUUUUGUACACCUGAUAAUGUUUUUAUAAAUGUAUGUUUUAAUGCAACUGUGAAGCACUUUGGGCAACAAUGUUGCAAUUAAAUGUGCUAUAUAAAUAAAUGAAAAUUGAAAUGUAUUUCUCACUCUAUCAAUAUCGGCAAUAUCGGUAUCUUUAGUGGCCGAUACCGAUUUUGCCGAAAAUACAGAAUAUCGGCCGAUCACUAGUUGUAGACCACUGGUGGAGGCAAGAACACUUCACACAAUUUCCCCAGAAAUUGUAGCUUUCUAGUUAUGUAAUAUUAUCACAUAAUUAAGUAAUUUUAUUGAUUGCAAUUUGAGGGACAUGCCUGAGAACCCAGGCCGAAAGUCCAGAGAAUUUAAUUUGCUAGCACUAUGUUUAACCCUGUAACUUUCUAUGACACCCUAAAACCUGCACAUGGGGGGUACUGUUUUACUCGGGAGACUUCGCUGAACACAAAAAUUAGUCUUUCAAAACAGUAAAACACAUCACAGCGAUGAUAUGAUCAGUGAAAGUGAAGUUUUUUGCAUUUUUCACACACAAACGGCACUUUCACUGAUGAUAUUAUUGCUGUGAUAGGUUUUAAUGUUCUGAAACACUAUUAUUUGUGUUCAGCGAAGUCUCCUGAGUAUAACAGUACCCCACAUGUAGAGGUUUUAUAGUGCUUUUGAAAGUUACAGGAUCAAAUAUAAGGCUUUUUUCAUUGAAAUUUGUCAGAUUGGUAAUGUUGCCUUUGAGAGCGUACGGUAGCCCAGAAAUUAGAAUUACCCCCAUGAUGGCAUACCAUUUGCAAAAGAAGACAACCCAAGGUAUUACAAAUGGGGUAUGUUCAGCUUUUUUUAGUAGCCACUUAGUCACAAACACUGGCCAAAGUUAGCGUUUUUUUGCAUUUUUAACACACAAACAAAUAUAAAUGCUAACUUUGGCCAGUGUUUUUGACUAAGUGGGUACUAAAAAAUACCCCAUAUUAAAUACCCUGGGUUGUCUACUUUAAAAAAAAUAUGUACAUGUGGGGUGUGAUUCGGGGAUUUAUGACAGAUAGCAGUGUUACAAUGUCACUAUUGAUAAAUGUAAAAAAUAUAUAUAUUGAAAGAGCAAUUUCCUACUUGUACUUAUAGCCCUAUAACUUGCACAAAAAAAAGCAUGUAAACACUCGGUGUUUUUAAACUCAGGACAACAUUUUUAAUCUAUUUAGCAGUUUUUUUUCAUUAGCUUUUGUAGAUAAUUAAAAGAUGUUUCAAGUAAAAGUCCAAAAACAUGUUUGUUUUUUUUCAAUUUUUCACCAUAUUUUAUUUAUUUAUUUUAAAUAAAAUAUAUGACCUGAUACAAAUAAUGGUAUGUAAAGAAAAAAGAAAAAAACAAUAUAUAAUUUGUGUGGGAACCGUAAAUGAGAGAGUAGAAAAUUACAGCUAAACACAAACACCACAAAAGUGUUAAAACAGGCCGGUCCUUAAGGGGUUAAUAUGAUUUUAUGCUUUUUUAUGAUUGCAUCUAGAUACAUUUAUAUGCAAGUUCGCAGUCACUAAAACAUUCUAUUUUAACGUGUGCUCACCGUAAGCUGUUGCAUUGAUGCUGUUCUUUUAGCAGCUAUGCUUGUUUGCUUCAAAAACUGUUUUCUGUUUUUGUUUUUUGUUUUGUUUUUGUUACAUUCAUUUGUAAGUCUUUUAUCCCCACACAUAAGGAUUAAAUGUAUCUCAUUGCCCUUGCUGUUGAUACCAAGCCUAAUUGUUCAGCAGAAAUGGAAAUGAAGACAGGAGAUAUUCAACAAUGUUUCUAUUUUAGGAUUAUGCGAUUGAUUGAGGGUUUUUCUUUUUUAUACAUUACACCAAGUAUAUAGUCAAAUGAACUAGCUAAGAAAAUAUAAAUCUGUUGCAGUAAAAAUUUACUUCAAACACAAAGCUUUCAUUGCAUUUAAUUGUUUUUUGUUUUUUUUUAAUAUAUAGAAACAUAGAAUGUGACGGCAGAUAAGAACCAUUCGGCCCAUCUAGUCUGCCCAAUUUUCUAAAUACUUUCAUUAGUCCCUGGCCUUAUCUUAUAGUUAGGAUAGCAUUAUGCCUAUCCCACACAUGCUUAAACUCCCUCACUGUGUUAAUCUCUACCACUUCAGCUGGAAGGCUAUUCCAUGCAUCCACUACCCUCUCAGUAAAGUAAUAUUUCCGGAUAUUAUUUUCAAACCUUUGCCCCUCUAAUUUAAGACUAUGUCCUCUUGUUGUGGUAGUUUUUCUUCUUUUAAAUACGGUCUCCUCCUUUACUGUGUUGAUUUCCUUAAUGUAUUUAAAUGUUUUUAUCAUAUCCCCCCUGUCUCUUCUUUCCUACAAGCUAUACAUGUUACGAUCCUUUAACCUUUCCUGGUAAGUUUUAUCCUGCAAUCCAUGAACCAGUUUAGUAGCCCUUCUCUGAACUCUCUCUAAAGUAUCAAUAUCCUUCUGAAGAUACGGUCUCCAGUACUGUGUACAAUACUCCAAGUGAGGUCUCACCAGUGUUCUAUACAAUGGCAUGAGCACUUCUCUCUUUCUACUGCUAAUACCUGUCCCUAUACAACCAAGCAUUCUGCUAGCAUUUCCUGCUGCUCUAUUACAUUGUCUGCCUACCUUUAAGUAAUCAGAAAUUAUCACCCCUAAAUCCCUUUCCUCAGAUUUUGAGGUUAGAACUCUAUCAAAUAUUCUGUACUCUGCCCUUGGGUUUUUACGUCCAAGAUGAAUUAUCUUGCACUUAUCCACAUUAAAUGGAAUAACCCUCAGUGAAACAUAGCAGUUUCAGCUGCAGGGUUAAAACUAGAGGGACCUGGCACCCAGACCACUUCAUUGAGCUGAAGUGGUCUGGGUGCCUAUAGUGAUCCUUUAACCUACACAGCACCAGCGACCUUCCUUUUAGACAGUCGGGCAGAUCCUUUCUACUGCCAGCCACAUACAGCCAUGGAGGGUAAUGUUAUUCUCUGGAAGAAGGAUGGAAGGAGUAAGCUCUGCUAUCUUCCAGUUCCCAUUGAUUUCAAACCAGCUGCUAACAUCAAGAGGCCAGGCCACUUGGUGGCGCUCUCCAGGUGUCUUGGUGAUCCCCUAAAUAGUCAAACCACCAUUUAGGUUGUAAGCUCAUUUGGGCAGGGCCUUCUUCACCUACUGUUUCUUAUAUCAAGAAAUGUUGUAAGAAUUCUAUAUCCUGUUUAGCUAUUGUACAGCACUGCAGAAUAUGUUGGCACUAUAUGAAUAAUUGUAAUUGAUACUGGUUUGACACAAAGCUAGAAGAGAGGACCCAUAGCCUACUAGCAAUACAUCAGGCUAAGUGGUUAUGGUGCUUAGAAUGCCUCUUGAUAACGGUCCCAGUUAGAUGUAAAAUGCAGACAAUAAAAAUAAAAUUGACUUUCUUAGUGUAGUUCUCAUGAUUUUCUUAUAUAUAUAAUAUCAAUUACUGGUUCUUUAACAGCAGUAUUUUAUGUUGAUUAAUGUCUUAGACCUUUUAUUAAUUCGAAUUUUGCAUCAAAGGUGACAUUUUAUAUAAAAAGUAAUUGUACUGAAUUUGUUUUAUUGAAAAACAAGAUGUAAAGGGCAGUGUUUGAAUUCUACAACACAACCUCAUGUGUUAACCUGUAAGAAAUGAAGUUAUUUUCUUCAAGUUUCUAAGCGCAGUUUAUGUUUGUGCCAGUAAGCUAUUCAGUAACGUUGUAACGGUAACAUUUCUACACAGUUUGCUCAUAUUUGAAACUUAUUAACUGCAUUCAAGAAACCGGGUAGUGGGCAGACUCAUUUAAAACCUGUGAAGGGCAGGCAGAUGUUUAUGCAGGUGGUGGUCAUUGAACACAGUGAGAGGCAGAAUCAUUUCAGCUCUUCUCCUGCCGAUUCCCCUUUUGUUUAUCAUUGUGGAACGAACAUUAGCUCCCAGGGCCUAACUUAUUCAGCGCUACCUAAAAUAAUAACUCUUUGAUUGCAGUCAACCUAAAGUGGCUCAAGCACUUAUUAGCAUGUACGGACCUAUGUAAAUUAUUAUUAUUAUUUUUAUUAUGCAAAAAGUACAUUUGAUUGAUUUUAAUGCACAAAUUCCACAGGGGGUCAUUUGAAGCUUGUGCUGAGUAAGUGGACAUGUGGAUUAAAAGCCUUAUUUUGGGCAUUUAAACAGAUCUAAUUAACGUCAUCAUUUUUUUUUCUUCUCACAAAGUGCAAUUUGGAAGCAAUCAGUCCAAAUGUAACAGUCAGCUUGAAUCUACCAGCCAAUGGCUCUCCACUUCAGGAUAUCCUGGUCCAUCCCUGUGUGACUUCCGUCGACUCUUCCAUGUUAAUCUCAAGCAGUGUAGCUAUAGCUGAUGACUCUGCAUUCAAUGGACCUUACAAAUUACCAUUUGUGCCUCCCUUGGAUUUAUUCCAUUUGUGUUUCUACACAUCGCAGGUAAAUUACACAUCAUGAAAUAUUCUGAAAUACUACAAACAUGCAUAUUGCUAUGUGUUUAAUGCUUUACUGAUUAAAAAAAUAACACUAUUCUAAAAUGUAUUAUUAUUAUUCUAACCAAUGGCGAAAUCUUCUACUUAACCCCGUAAGGAUGGAGGCAUUAUUACAAGUUCUGAACCAAAACAAAACCUAGAAUUUGAGGUAUAUGCCUGUUCAUCCAUAAUUUACCUCUUUCAUAUUAAUAUGCACCUACAUAUAUUAUAUACGAUUUUGUUCAGGAAAAAUAAGACUUUCAUUUUACAUCAAAUAUUUAUAGAUAUGCCCCUUCUCGGUCUCUCCUCUUUGCUGGUGACCAUCUCCUGUCUGCUGCUCGCACCCUUACUGCUAACUCACACUUGCAGGACUUCUCGCAGGCUACCUGCCCACCACCAGACUCUCUAGUCUUCAAUCAUUUAUGAAAUCCCUCAAAACCCAUCUGUUCAGAAAUACUUAUGGCCUCCCAGAGUAACUUCUAUUUUAUAAACCUUCUCUUACUCCACUCUCACCUCCAAUUCUGCAACUUUCCCACCGUGUUUGCUGUCCCCCUCGAUGCCCUUCCUGUUGUGUUUUUAUACCCUACCUCCUCUAGACUAUAAGCUUGUUUGAGCAGGGCCCUCAUCAACCUAUUGUUCCUGUAACAUUUUAAUUGUAAUUGUCUCAUUUAUUGUAAUAAUGUUCUCCUUCAAUAUUUUAAAGUGCUGCGGGGUCAGUUGACACUAUAUAGAUAUCAAUAAUAAUAAUAAUAUAUGAAACAAGAUAAAAUGAAUCAAAUCUAAAAAAAAGUGUGAGAAAUUAAGACAUUGUGUUAUUUUCUAUCAAUACUUUGGUCUUAACUCUGUCAACUGGGGAAAAAUGUGAUGGCCCAAUGCUGACUGAUUAAGUAAAUUUGAUAACCAUUGAGAAAACAUCCCAUAAUAACAAUUGAGGCAAACUCCCAUGGUCAGUCACUCCUCUUUGGUCUGAUCAGUGUGUAUGUGUUUGUUAUAAGUGCUGGGAGAUACUGAAUCUGAUUCAACACACAGUGCAAAUCAAAUUCAGGGAAACCUAAAGGUAACUAAGACAUAGGAUUAGGGUUAGAUGAGGUUAUAGGCUCAGAAUAGUGAGAAUUAAAGGCAGGUACUGCAUUAACCUUAAAUUCAUUUUUAUCUUUCUUUUGACAGAUGAUCACUGCCUGAUAUAUUCUGCUGUACCUCCAUCAUUUAGACACUAAUACAGCAAUAUACUCCGUUAAAAUAUUACUAGAAUGACAGACACGUGAUAAAUUGCUUUUUAAAGACACUUUUUUUCAAGUCACCUAUUUUAAAGUGAAGCUUGCAUGUGAUAAAAAGUAAAGUGGGGUCGUUUCUGUACUUGGGUUUGUGUGGCAGAGUACAGAUUGGUGUUAUUUUCAACAGUAGCAUGUAUCAUCCGUGUUCUGUGUGUAUGUAAACACAAUUUAUAAUUAAUAGUAUAAAUCUGGCAGAGAUUGGUCAUACAAUGGCUGAAUGAAAAAUUACAAAAUACCGCAAGGGAUAUGCUUUAGUUAUCUACUUUUUGCAGUGGUUUUAUGUACCGCGGAAAUUUGCACUCAUAUUUUACCAUAUUCUGCUGACAUUCAGUUUUGAAAAGGCGACAUUUAACCAAUGACUAACAAAAUAGGUGAAAAUCAUAGAUUAUUGAUGUAUUCCCAAAAUCGUGCAUUUUGCAAGAUUCCGAACUUCUGAUUAAAAUAGACACAACAGUUGCAAAAAGCUUAAAGUAUAGUUUAAUUUUUUUGUUUUUUUGCUUAUUAUCUUCCUGCUAUAAUCACUGUUUUAUUCUGAGCGGUCCAGGAAAUAUAUAUUUGAGUAAUUAUGGAUUUCUCCAAAAUUAUGUCUUGUCAAUGGGUCAAGAUUAAUUUUCUCUUUAUAUAUACUUGACUGUGUGAAACCUUCAUCUAUAUGUAUCUGGCGUUGCAAAAACACUUUUUUAUUCUGAAUAUGUAUUUAAGGUACCAGUGCCUCCAAUUUUGGGAUUUUACCAGUUGACUGGAGAAGGGUGCCAAGUACAAAUAUCAGUGAAAUUAAAACUUCAUGAAAGCGUCAAAAAUGGGUUUGAGCACUGUGAAGCUCACAUACCGUUUUUCAACAAGUAAGUUAUUUAGAUUUUCUAAAAAUCAGCGUAUUGCUGUUGUAACGCUUGUUAUUAAGCUAUUAAAAAUAUUACUGUAUAUGGGGUAGGCAUACCCUAAAAUUUACAGGGUUUUUCACUAAAGUGAAAAUAGUCAAGAAUUCAAAGUGAAUUUACAUUUUUAGACCACCAAAAUGGCUGAACUGGAAGCAUAUUUGACUUGUAGAAUUUCUGCCAGUUUGGCUUCAUUGGCCUUAAAUUUGGAAUUCACUUGGAAUGCUCUGCAGUUCUCAAUUUGGUUAGAUAUAUUGUAUGUAGGUACAUGUGCUUCAGUUGUGUGGGUAAGACUGAUGCUUUGCUGCUUAACCCAUUGACAGAUUUAGUUAGCCAGGUUCAGUUGUAUGCACAGGGAACGGUGUGUAAUUUUACAGUGAUAAAGCAUUUUCCCAAACUCCAAGCAGUUUCGGGCACCCAGUGAGUUUUGAGGACAUUAUUAUGAAAUUAGUUGCAUGUGUCUAUGUAUAGUCAUGGUGGUGCUUAAAGAUGAUAUAUUACAUAAAAUAUUUAGCAAAUUAAAUUACAUUACAUAUUUUAGUUCUGGCACAACCAGGGCACACAAUGCAAAUGGGGAAGGGAAAUUAGAGAAAUCAAAACAUUGUUCCAUUUCUCCUCUUCUUUCUUUGCUCUCUAUGUGCUGUCUGCCAAGGGCAAAGCUUAUAAAGGCACACUGCCACCAUAAAGUUAAACAUGUUUAUGUGAUAAUGCCAUUUGAAACAUUUACACUUAUUCCUCCUCAGCUAAGAUUUUUGUUCUUCUUUUUUUGUACUUUUAGGGGUCACAUAAAGCAUUUUGACUACAAAGUUACUCAUGGUCAGCUCGAAUUGUCAAGAGAGAAGAGUCAUUUGGUUUGGAUUAUUGGUAAGUAUAUUUACCAUUAAGCGAGUAUGAAGCUAAUAUUAUUAGAAUUCUGUUAUUUUCUAAGGAGGCUCAUAUAAUGAUCAGUCUUUAUUUACUUACUCCUAUUGCAGCAAAGAAAACAAAUGUAAACAAAUUUAGACAUGUUGCACAUAAACGUAUAAUAUUGGGUUAGAAAGCAGAAUAGUCUAUAUAGGAGUAUAUAGCAGUUGCAGAAUGUUCUGGAGAGAUACAUGCGCACAUCUCUCUCUCGCUGAUUGGUUACUUCAACAUUCUGUUCAUCACGUUUACGUACACCAUGUCUAUUCAAAUUUGUUUAUUUUUUUGCCAAAAAUACGUAAAGAAAGAUUUGAGCAUCGGAAAAGUUUAAAUUAUACUUUUCUUUCCAGGACAAAAGUUUCCUAAAUCACUGGAAAUCUCCCUUUCUGGGACAGUAACUUUCAGUGCUGAAAAACAUCCGAAUGACCCUGUGGAUCCUAUCUGUGUUGGGAAUACAGCCUACGUUAAAGUACGUUGCAUACCCCUAACUAGAAAAUAAAUAUUGAUUUGUUCAAUUCCAGCUACCACUGCACUCUGUCAUUUCUUACGAAAUAUUUAAAUAGUGAAAUGUCUUUUCAGCUUUCUUUCCGAAUCCCUGAAUACACACUGACGGGAUGUUUUACAGACCAGCAUUGUAUCCAGUACUUCUCAAAUGUGAAGCCCAAAAUUUAUUCAUGUAAGUCAUUUUCAGUUAGUAUAUGUUAAGUGGGGAAAUGUACCUGUUUUCAGCAUCAGCGAUAUUUAUUGAAUUGUGUAGUGUCGGAAACUGAUAUAAAUCCUCAAUAGCUGAAUUGUCUGUUAUACGUAAAGUGUUACAUUCUAUAGUCAGUUCCUGUUAAAUCAUGGUGUAUUUGGGUAACCCUGUGUGUUUCGGCUAUGUAAUAGACAAACAGCUGUCAAUACCAGUUUGGCUACCUUUAGGUGGAGCCUGCUGUAAGUGGCUUUGUCAUUGGAAAUGUCCUUUGUGCCAUCUAUUCUGCUAGUAAGCUUUAUUAGUGUGAUUGUGACAUGGCUAAAAAUGUUUAUAUGCUGCACAUUGAGCCAUAUUUAGAAAAAAUAGAACAAUAAACUGAAUUGUGACUUAAGUGUCUUCCUACCUAUUCAAAAACAAAAAGUUACCAUGCCUCCAUAGCUGUGCCAAAACCGAAAGGAACCUAAGACUUUCAGUUGUAGUGUAUAACAAUUGUCUUGUAAUCAUUCAGUUUGUAAAUCAACGUAUUGCACAACAAUGCCCUCCCAUGAUGUUCUUGGCAUUAUUUCUCCUAAAGAAAACAAAAAAACACCCAAUGUGUGAGUAAAAACCAAGUGGAUCAUAUGUUUAAUGUUAUAAAUAAUUCCACUGUGUGUGGAUAAUUCUGUAUUUUAUUGGUCUUUGAAUAAAGGAAAAUAGAAAUUGUAUUAAUGACAGGAGGCGAAAAAUUAUGCAUUAUACUUUUUUACUACUGUUCAGUUGCAAACGGUUUUAGAAAAAAACUUAAAAGUCAGUUGAAAUGUAAAAAAAUAGUCUAUAAAAAGUGCUGUCACAGUUGUUUAACUUCACAUAAAGGUAAGUAUCCCUUUAAUAACAAUUGAAAGUUAUGUGCCGUGUAUUAAUACAUUUUACACUGAUCAGCCACAACAAUAAAACCAAUGACAGGUGAAGAUAUACAUUGGUUAUAUCGUUACAAGUAUAGCAAGUGUGUUAAAAAAUGAUAAGCUUAGAGUCAUGUCUACAAAUGCUCGCAGUUUAGGGAAUAAGAUCCAUGAACUUGUGGCAAUAAUGGCAACUGAUAGUGUAGAUUUAGUCGCUGUUACUGAGACAUGGUACAAUGAGAAAAAUGACUGGGACAUAGCAAUACCAGGGUACUCUUUAUAUAGGAAAGAUAGGGAAGGCAAGAAAGGGGGAGGGGUGGCCUUGUAUGUGAAGGAUAGCAUAAAAUCUAGCCUAAUAAAAGUUAGUGAGGCAAACAUAGAGUCCGUUUGGGCUACGUUAGAAUUUGGUAAUCACACAGUAACUCGUGUAGGUGUGAUUUAUAGGCCCCCAGGACAAAUUGAAGAGUUAGAUAAUCUACUAGUUGAGGAAAUAGCUAAAAUGACAAUGAAGGGGGAAGUUAUCAUCAUGGGUGACUUUAAUCUUCCUGAUGUAAAUUGGAAAACAAAAUUAGCUACUUGUGCCAGGAGCACACAUAUUCUAAACUCCCUACUGGGAUUGUCUCUAAAACAAGUUGUUGAGGAGCCAACUCGUAAAGAGGCCAUACUAGAUUUAGUGUUAACAAAUGGAGAUUUGGUAUCAGAUGUUACUGUAGGUGAAAGUUUAGGAUCCAGUGAUCAUCAGUCAGUGUGGUUUAUUAUAAGAACAGUGACUGAGUCACACCACACAAAAACAAAAGUUUUAGACUUUAGAAAAACAGACUUUUCUAAAAUUAGAAUAUGGGUAGAGGAGUCAUUAUCAGACUGGAGCAAUUUAAAUGGAGUCCAAGAAAAAUGGGAUUAUUUAAAAGUUGCACUAUUGAAGGCAACAGAAAAUUGCAUUAGGCUUGUCAGUAAAAGCAAAAAAUACAAGAAACCACUGUGGUACUCCGCAGAUGUGGCCAAAAUAGUUAAAAACAAAAAGUUAGCAUUUAGGAAUUAUAAAAAAACCCAGAGUGAGGGAGACAAAAUGAUCUAUAAGAUUAGGCAGAAAGAGGCUAAGCAAGUUAUAAGAGCUUCCAAAUCACACACAGAAGAGAAAAUAGCACAGUCAGUAAAAAAGGGGGAUAAAACAUUUUUUAGAUACAUAAAUGAGAAAAGAAAAGUAAAACAAGGAUUAGUUAGAUUAAAAACAAAAGAAGGAAGGUAUGUAGAAGAGGAUAAAGGUCAGGCUGACUGCCUCAAUGAAUAUUUUGUUCUGUAUUUACAGAAGAAAAUGAAGGAAAGGGACCUCAGUUGAGAAAAAGGAUAAAUGAGUCAUUUAUUACACGUGAGUUUACAGAGGAAGAGGUUCUAUUUCAACUGUCAAAAGUAAAGACAAAUAAGUCAAUGGGACCUGAUGGAAUACACCCAAAGCUAUUAAAAGAGCUUAGUGGUGUACUAGCAAAACCAUUAACAGAUUUAUUUAACCAAUCAUUGUUAACAGGAGUAGUCCCAGAAGAUUGGAAGUUAGCGAAUGUUGUGCCCAUUUACAAGAAAGGUAAUAGGGAGGAGUCGGGCAACUAUAGGCCAGUAAGCCUUACUUCAGUAGUAGGGAAAGUGAUGGAAACCAUGUUAAAGGAUAGGAUUGAUGAACAUCUAAAACACAUGGAUUUCAAGAUCAGAGACAACAUGGGUUUACUUCAGGGAGACCAUGCCAAACUAAUCUUAUUGAUUUUUUUGAUUGGGUAACUAAAAUUAUAGAUCAGGGUGGUGCAGUAGACAUUGCUUACCUAGAUUUCAGUAAGGCUUUUGACACUGUUGCACAUAGAAGGCUUAUCAAUAAACUGCAAUCUUUAAGUUUGGAUUCCAAUAUUGUUGAAUGGAUAAGGCAGUGGCUGAGUGACAGGCAACAGAGGGUUGUGGUUAAUGGAAUAUAUUCGAAGCUUGGACUUGUCACCAGUGGGGUACCUCAGGGAUCUGUACUUGGACCCAUUCUCUUUAAUAUUUUUAUUAGUGAUAUGGCAGAAGGUCUUGAUGGUAAGGUAUGUCUUUUUGCUGAUGAUACUAAGAUAUGUAACAGGGUUGAUGUUCCAGGAGGGAUAAGCCAAAUGACAAAUGAUUUAGUUAAACUAGAAAAAUGGUCAGAAUUGUGGCAACUGACAUUUAAUGUGGAUAAGUGCAAGAUAAUGCAUCUUGGACGUAAAAACCCAAGGGCAGAGUACAGAAUAUUUGAUAUAGAGUCCUAACUUCAACAUCUGAGGAAAGGGAUUUAGGGGUGGUUAUUUCUGAUGACAAAAGGUAGGCAGACACUGUAAUAGAGCAGCAGAAAAUGCUAGCAGAAUGCUUGGUUGUAUAGGGAGAGGUAUUAGCAGUAGAAAGAGGGAAGUGCUCAUGCCAUUGUACAGAACACUGGUGAGACCUCACUUGGAGUAUUGUAUACAGUACUGGAGACCGUAUCUUCAGAAGGAUAUUGAUACCUUAGAGAGGGUUCAGAGAAGGGCUACUAAACAGGUUCAUGGAUUAUGGGAUAAAACUUACCAGGAAAGGUUAAAGGAUCUUAACAUGUAUAGCUUGGAGGAAAGACGAGACAGGGGGGAUAUGAUAGAAACAUUUAAAUAUAUAAAGGAAUCAACACAGUAAAGGAGGAGACUAUAUUUAAAAGAAGAAAAACUACCACAACAAGAGGACAUAGUCUUAAAUUAGAGGGACAAAGGUUUAAAAAAUAAUAUCAGGAAGUAUUACUUUACUGAGAGGGUAGUGGAUGCAUGGAAUAGCCUUCCAGCUGAAGUGGUAGAGGUUAACACAGUAAAGGAGCUUAAGCAUGCAUGGGAUAGGCAUAAGGCUAUCCUAACUAUAAGAUAAGGCUAGGGACUAAUGAAAGUUUUUAGAAAAUUGGGCAGACUAGAUGGGCCGAAUGGUUCUUAUCUGCCGUCACAUUCUAUGUUUCUAUGUUUCUAUGUUACAAUGGUACUUGUCAAGGGGUGAGAUAUUAGGCAGAAAGUGAACAGUCAGUUCUUGAAUUUCAUGUGUUGGAAGCAGAAAAAAUGGGCAAGUGAAAACAUCUGAGUUACUUUAACAAGGUGCCAAAUAUUGAUGGCUAGAAGACUGGGCCAGAGUAUCUCCAAGCGGCAAGUCUUGUGGGGUGUUCUCGGUAUGCAAUGAUUAGUACCUACCAUAAUGGUGCAAAGAUAUGCCUCUCCCUUGACCUCUGAUUCUCCACCUGUAACUAACAGUUAAGAUACCAGUGGAUUACCUCUCCCUUAUCUGAUUUUUUUACCAGUAGUUUUGUAAAUACAAUAUAGAUCAUGUUUAAAAAAAAUAAAAAUAUAUUGAAUAAAGCAAAUCCAGGGAUUCUGAUCCUCCUUAAGUGAUAACUGCUUCUGGUAGGAAGUGGCUGAAUACAGCCAAUGCUUUGCACUUGUGCAGUGUUUCCAGUUACUGAAUGUUCCUCAAAGCUCUUGUCUCCAUGUUUGGCAUGCACGUCUGUCUCCAAUUCAUUCAGACACAUGUACUGCAGUGAGCAUUUUAAUAAUAAUGCCAAAGAAAUCCUGGAUACUUUACUUUAUAUUUUGAAUGAUAGUGAAUAUAGUGCGUAGAAUGCUAGUGACUUUAGGGCGUAGGAUGCUAGUGAAUAUAGUGCGUAGAAUGCUAGUGAAUAUAGUGCGUAGAAUGCUAGUGAAUAUAGUGCGUAGAAUGCUAGUGAAUAUAGUGUGUAAAAUGCUAGUGAAUAUAGUGCGUAGAAUGCUAGUGAAUAUAGUGUGUAGAAUGCUAGUGAGGAUAGUGCAUAGAAUGCUAGUGAAUAUAGUGUGUAAAAUGCUAGUGAAUAUAGUGUGUAGAAUGCUAGUGAGGAUAGUGCAUAGAAUGCUUGUGAAUAUAGUGCGUUGAAUGCUUGUGAAUAUAGUGUGUAAAAUGCUAGUGAAUAUAGUGCGUAGAAUGCUGGUGAGUAUAGUGCGUAGAAUGCUGGUGAGUAUAGUGCGUAGAAUGCUUGUGAAUAUAGUGCGUAGAAUGCUGGUGAGUAUAGUGCGUAGAAUGCUAGUGAAUAUAGUGCGUAGAAUGCUAGUGAAUAUAGUGCGUAGAACAGCCCUUUUAUCAGGAACAUCAUAAAUCAUCACUCUGUGUAUUAUAUAUAUUAUAUUUCUUUCUACUCAGGGUUUCUGCAGCUAAUUUCUGCUAAAUGAGGAUUGAACACAUUGUUUUAAUUGGGUUUUUUUCCCCUUCUUUUGCAGCUCGGGAACUUAUUUCCUCUGAUUACUAUAUUUGGAAUUCCAAAGCACCAGCACCAUUUGUAUCCAGAUCAUUUAUUACAUAGUCUGCACUUUCAUUUUCUGAAUUGUUUAAAAUAAACCACUUGGAGUAAAGUCCACAUUUGUAUUAUUGAUUACUAUGUGUUAUUUCUGCUUUUAUUGCACGUCUAUAUAUUAUUGUACUGUUUAAAUGCUUUCUCUAUAUUAAGGAUCUAUAUACUAUUCAGCACUUUUGAUUCUGAUCUGCCAGUUGUAGGAUGUUAACAUUUAUUUUAUUUUAUUUUUAAAUAAUUCUUUUUUAUUUUUUUUAUUUUUUUUAUUAUUACAUAAUUCCUGAAAUUACUUUAAAUGGAAAUGAUGUAUCAUUGGAGGAAAUCCAAAAAUGUAGGCAGUGGAAUCACUUGCUAAUGCAGUCAUUCCAUUAUUCCAUUUUAACAUUUCAACAGAAAUGAUAUUUUUCCAUCUACACUAUGGUUUGACACAAGCUGAGUUGGGGACUACAUUGAGAAGUGGUGAUUUUGGAGCUUAUAGUGCCCCUUAAACAUUUUGUAUUUUGAAAUUUGCUUAAUCUUUUCUUUCACACAAAUUUCGUUAAAAAUGAGUGCCUUUUGUACUUUUUUUUUCCUCCUGAUAAAUAUCAUCACAGAAUUAAACAUCUGGUCAAAUCCUCAGCCUGUUGAAUAACUUGUAUUUUGUUAUGGCCUCAUUGCAUUUACUAUCAAUGAACAAUGAACACUCUCUAGCCUCUAGCAGAUCCAAAAAUACCUAUAGGAAAUGAACUUUUUUAGUAAGAUCUCCC